UUUGUGACAUUGACAAUACAUCUUCAAGGGUGGUGCGUACUGUUUGCUUGCCUUUAUUUAUAUCUAAAUUCAAUAAGAUUUUAUUAAAUAAACUAAUUUAUCAGUACAGUAAUGUGGUGUUCUACGUAGUGUAAACAUAUUAAUGAGUACCACAUACUUUUACGUGCCGAUAAGGACUUAAACUUACAUUAGCUACGUUUCUGAGUCAAUAGUGUUUGUAUGAAUAUUUAUAAAUGACAAUGAAAAUAAACGAGAAGAAUUUGUGCGCUUUCGCGUCGUCCGCGACUCCGGUGGACCGCGACGGCUGGCUGGACAUGAGGGGCGAAGUCGGCAAGAGCUACCAGAAGCGGUGGUUUGUGCUCAAAGGGAACCUGCUGUUCUAUUUUGACAAAAAAGGUGAUAAGGAACCUGUCGGUGUGAUUAUAUUGGAAGGCUGUACAAUAGAAUUAACAGAAGAAGAAGCCUACAGCUUCAAGAUAUCGUUCCAGUGUGAGGGGGGCCGGACGUACUUCCUGUGCACCAACUCCCAGGCAUCCAUGGAGACGUGGAUGAAGGCUCUCGCGUGCGCCAGCUAUGACUAUAUGAAGCUCAUGGUGUCUGACUUGCAGAGGCAGCUGGAUGAGGCACAAGCGGAAGCAGCAGCAGAGGCAGCACUAGUGACAGUGACCCCACCAGAGGAUGAACCUAAGGUGCCUCCCCGAGGGCAGCGGUACAACCCCUUCAACAGAGUUACCGAUGGUGAGACCAAGGCGGUACCGGGCAGUAGACAUCAUAAAGAGAACCUCCGACCAGACCUGCCCCGUAAAAAGGUGCCGUUCCGUGACAUCCACACAGCAUACGGACGCAAGAUAUUAGCCGAUAGAAGCGAGUGGCGCGCCCGACUCACGAAGCAAAGGGAAGAGACCUCACAACCUCUCAUACAGUUGUAGUGUACGUCAACUAUGUAGGUUUUAUUAAGAGUACCAACUUGACUAUAGUAAGCAUAAAGAAAAUUAAACAUGCACCUUAUUUCAGUACUUACUGAAAUAGGUGCGGUAUAAUCCCUACGGCCUCGGCCUCGAAUUUUGCGGGCAGCGGCGGCGGCGCGGGAGCGGCAGAAUCUUACGCGUAUAAUCAAAUGGACCGGCCGUCGAAUACAGCGGCGCGGGAGCGGGCAACGAGUGGUGAGCUCCAGUCAAACGGUGACCGCCCGCGCCGCCGCCGCUGCCGCCCCGCUGCCCGCAUAAUUCGAGGCAGAGGCCUACUAGUUGUAAUAUUUGAUGAAAACAAUGACAUAAUACACAUUUUUUAUAACAUUAAAAUGUCAUCACAAGCCUACCUAAUAUUGUAAAUAGAAAAAGGAAAAGUCUAUAUUUAGUUGGUUAUCAUCAAAUUUUCCUGUUUAGACAAUUGAAUUGUUUUGACAUAGCAAGCCUAGAUUGUUUAGUGUUUAGAGGAUAAAUUGAUUGGAAUUAUUGAUUUUAUAAUUAUGUUAGAAUAGAAGUACUUACGCUUAUUUAGUUAUGUAGCUUAAGACCAAUAUCUUGCUCCAUACAAAUUAAAUUUGCUGGCGCAAGUUUCUUCAUCCUAUUAAAGCUAUAACAAUA